AUGAAAAAAGAGAAAUCAUUUUUCUCUUAUACCAAUUACCUCAUGUCAGGUCAUACGGGUGUCAACCAACUUGGUGGAGUUUUUGUUAAUGGACGUCCUUUGCCUGAUCACAUCCGCAAUCGAAUUGUAGAACUAGCGCAUCAGGGUGUUCGUCCUUGUGAUAUUUCACGUCAAUUGCGGGUAUCACAUGGAUGUGUGUCAAAAAUACUUGGCCGUUAUUAUGAGACUGGAUCCAUUCGACCAGGCGUCAUUGGUGGAUCGAAGCCAAAAGUAGCUACUCCAAAAGUUGUUCAAACAAUUGCUGCAUAUAAAAAAGCCAAUCCAACCAUGUUUGCUUGGGAAAUUCGAGAAAAGUUGCUAGAGGAGCGCAUUUGUGAUACGGAAAAUGUUCCAAGCGUUUCAUCCAUUAAUCGGAUUGUUAGGAAUAAAUUUGCAACAGAACGCAUGUAUGAAAGAACUCUUCAAAAUACAACUUUGUUAGCACCAGCCACUCCUUAUUCUAUCAAUGAACUUCUUGGUUUUGAACAACCUUCUAAGGUCUUAUGGAAAGUUCCCAAGUAA